AUGUUCCGGCAUAUUCUCAACUUUUUGAGAAACAAAAAGCUUUUGCUGCCUAAUGAUUUUCCUUACGUUAAUCUUUUACUGCAAGAGGCUCAAUAUUUUGAACUGGAUCAUAUGGUGUUGGCGCUGACUACUCUUAAGCGAGAGAGGGAAGAAGUGAAACUGGAGUGGAAUUGCCACCAUGAUACUGAGUCUACUUCUGAGGAUUACUUGCUUCAGAAAUGGAAAAGAUGCAGGAGAGAGGAAAAUUAA